AUGCCGGGCAAAGGAUCAAAGAGUCCGCGAAAUAAAAGUCCGAAGAAUGCCAAAGGAGAUGCAGGAAUCGCUUGGGAAACGCUAGUAACAGCUAGUUCCAUAAAUCAAGAUAAUUGGACAACUUUUGUUUGUUUUCUCAUGCCGGAUUGUGCGAUCAAUCAGAUCUAUGUUGAUUUAAUUGAAAAAGCCAUGCAGCAUAAUAUUCGUCGACGGUUCGACUUGAUUUCCAAACGAGACUUCAUCGAAGCUAUUAAAAAAGUGGAAAAGCAAACGAAGAAUGCGGCGAAAUCAGUUUCCACGAAUUCAUUUGUCGAUAGUCUAAAUAAUUCCGCCUUUGUCUCAGCAUAUGAUCAUGCCAAAACUUUACUCGAAGCAGGAAGUGAAAUCGACGAUCAACUAUGGGCGAAAUUAAUCAAAUGUCGUAUACUUGAUUUGAAAAAGGAAGUUCAAGCGCGAACAGUCACAAAAACAUCAGGAGCACAAGCUGCAGCAGCACCAGCUAAACCCGAAAAGGGUAAAGGUGGCAAAAAAUCUCCAAAAGUCGAUAAAAAAAAGCAGGCUGCUGUCGCCGCUCCACCACCCGUAUCUGAUACACAUAUUGAAAAGCCGCCUGGUGUUAAAACACGCGAUCAAAUUACUGACGAGACGAAAUAUGUCGCACGAAAAAAUGAUGAACCAAAUGAUGGACCAAAUCAGUAUAUAUACUUAAGUGGAUUCUAUUCCAUUGGUCUUUUACAUGCAUUGGAUGAUGUUAGCAUUCGUAUUGAUACAAUUACGAAUGUGUCCAGUGAUAAUCUCGAUGAAACUAAUAAUCUAUUCGAAGAAAUGAUUCGACGCGAUCGACAAGAACAAACAUUGAAAUCCGAUGUUUUGAAAGAAAUACAAAAAGAUUCAAUACCUACGCCAGAACAAAUCGCUGAACAAAACCAAAAGAAUGACCAAGUAUUGAACACUUUCUGGAGCAGUUUAAUGCCGAUCUUAGACAAUGCACCUGAUCAAUCAAUGUUACAAGAUGUAAUUGUUACAACUUUAAAAGUUCCAUACGAGCAGUUACCCGAUUCAUGGAUUAACACAGAACAGAAAUUUCGAUUGGCUGAUUCUCUCUGUGAAAAUGUCGUGGAUAAUAGUUUUCGUUUGAAUGUUCGUAAAAGACAAUUUAAAUCAUUUAACGAACAGAUGAAAGUCGUAGCAAUUCCAGUGAUUGAAGAGAAAACAUCAAAAUCAACAUUGGACGCACAAAUCUACACUGAGAUAACAACAGUCAUUCCACCAGAAUCAAUUAGCGUGCCACUUAUUCUACACGGCAUUCUUGAACAAGUCGAAGCGAAACUUGUCGUUUCAACGAAUAACAAUUCCAAUGCAUCGAAUCCGAGUGAAGGCGUCGGACGAUACUUACGUGACAGAUUGAUGUCGCUAUCCAUGGGAAAACAACAGCAGAAAGAAAUUGAAAAUCUUGUUCCAAAAUCUCCAUUUUCAAAGCCAAGCGGAUCAGGUCCAAAAAUGGUUUACUACGGUGAUGAGAUUAAACAACGUUUAACAACAUUAAAUUGCCUAGCUCUGUUUGAUCCGAUUAAAGUCGAACGUGAUUCAUUGAUGGCACAUUCACGUCUUGUCAAUUUACCUGAAAUGGCACAACGAAAACCAUAUGAUCCUGAUGAAAAAGAACGGCAGACUCGAAUGAAUCAAUUUCUUCAAUUCUGUGUUGACGAUGAACUCCUUCCAACAGAUGUGGAUCAUAUUUUGAAACAAUUUGUCUUCGAAUGUAUUUCAUUGAAUCCGAUGAAAGAAGGCAAAAAUGAACAACAAGCAAGUCGUCCAUCAUCAGCUGGCAGCCUUCAAGAGGAUGAUCAAUACGAUUUGGAAAAACGUUUGACAUAUCUCAACGAUGAUGAGAGUCAAUCAUCGAAUAUCAUUCAGCCAAUUGUCUGGGAUGAUCCGUAUGAACUAUUGAGAACCAAUCAAGAAACAGGAAGAAUCGGCCUUGAAUCGUUAGUGCGACCGUCCAGCGCGUCCAGCCAUUCAUCGAAUGGAUCAACUCGUCGAAGUCGUACUCAAUCACCGAAAUCACAAGACAAUAACCUCCAGCAACAGUUACCACAUAUCCUACCACCAAUUGGCAAUGUUCAUGUCGAUGGAACUAUCCAAGCAGUUUUACAACAUCAUAAACGAAAUUUGAACGAUUGGAAUUUUGCUGAACACUUCGAACCAGACAUAUUUCUACAAAUCAUUGAACAAGCGUUGUUCACCCACUCACAUGUGGAUGUCUACUACAAUCGACGGGAUCAAACGCACAUGAUAGUACUUUCGUUGCCUAUUCCAACCGAUAAAACGAUCGGGCACCAAACAACAAGCAAGAAACUAUUUUCUGAUGUAGGAUUUAGAAAUUUUCUCGACGAAAUAUCUUACGAAAUUGUCGAUUGGCUUCGAGACGAAGAAGCGAAAUAUCAUGCUGAUGUGCUUGCAAAAGAAGUGCAGACGUACGUUCGCGAAACAACACCAACACCGGAUGCAGGCAAACCUGCUGCAGGCGCUGGAAAGAAGGGAAAAGGAGCGGGGAAAAAAACCCCGCCUGCUCGAUCUCGAUCCACAAGUGUUAGUUCCGAAGCAGGAAAUACAACAGCAGAAGAUGAACAAACUAUUCGUGACGACUAUGCGCAUCCAACAUCAUUGAAAGCAUGGAAACAGAAACGUGAUAAAGAAAUUCAAGAAGAAGAACUAGCUAAAGCAAAGCGAGCAGAAUCAGCUACUAAACGAGGAAAAACAAAAACACCUCGUGGUUCUGAAAAGCCAGGCAAAGAAGCAUCACCACAUGACAAAUCUUCCAAAGACAGUAAAUUGAAGCAACAAACGAACACAGCAUCCAUUGACAAACCGCCUGAAACUCAACCACCACCACCACCAACGAUCGCGGAAGAACCCGUUGAACGCUUUACUGGUUACAGUUUGGGCAACCAUCUUCUUAGUGCUCAAUGCAACACAACCCAUCUGCUUCUUCCAGAUGGAUGCUUCGUUCGUACACAUGUCGACUCACUCAAACGAGGAUCAACUUGUGUUUCAGCAAGUUUGUAUCGAAACAAAAGUGCGUACACAGUACAAUUGAUUAAUCCGAACAAAUCGUCGCAUAUCGACAGUCAGCAUCAAGGCCAAUCCCAAUCAUCAGAGCUAAUCAACGCUAAUGAAACUAGUCAACGAAAAGAGAACAAUGCAACUGACUCAACAGAAGAAAAACGUGUUGCUCAAUAUGGUGUAUUUACAGCUAUAUUGAAUUCGGGAAUGAUUGUCUCUUGCAGCAAUUAUGAUACGAAGGCUCCUAAAAUUGAAGCACCUGCUGUUGCUGCUCCUCCUCCACCACCUGUACCAGCUCCACUUGAACAUGCCAAUUCGGAAGUCAUCGAAGAGAAAAAGAAAGAUUCUCAUGCGGCUAAGGGCAAGAAGAAAGUUAAACCAGUCGAAGUUGAAGUUCCGCUCGUGGAAAAACCACCUCCAGAACCACAGUACGAACCUGAACCGUUUCAACGUUUAACCAUUUCUAUUCCCACUGGUCUGGUCGUUACAUAUUAUCCUGAAACAUUCCUUGGUGUCAAACCGACUCAAGAGAAACAACCGCAUCGACUAGCGGUUAAACAAUACUAUGCGUGUCAAUCGAAAGGUUUUCAUACAUGUGAACAAUCACGUUUGAAUGCUUAUGAAGAAUCUUCACGUAUAAUCGAUGGUGAAGGUCAUGUCAUGAUAUUCAAACGUAAUGGAGAAUUAAUUAUUCUCCAACCUGAUGGCGGAAUAUUCAGCAAAACAAUCGUGUAUCAGAAUGAACCGGAAAUAGAAUUGCCAGCUGAGAAUACUCAAACAACGAAAAAAGGCGGCGCGCGAAGUGAUAGCCGAGGAAAGAAGAAGCCCGAUUCGAAACCAGGAACGGACGUAACAACUGUCAAUGAAGAAGUGAAACCACCUGUUUUUGAAUGGAAAUGUGUAACAGUAGAUGGUCAAGUAUACAAACAAAAUCCAACAACAAAUGAAUACGACAAGAUCGAUCAAUUAAGAUUAAUUCUGGAAACCAAUCCCAAAACAUCUGAACAAGUUAUCCAUCGCGAGGAUAAAGUUGUGGUUGUUUUCCGCAGUGAUGGAUCUCGUGUCGUCAGCUUUGCGGAUGGAACAAGAAUAACAUCAUAUGAAGCUCUUGAACAAAAACAAAGCCUCAAUGAUCAAGAAACAGGUGAAUUCAAUAAUUCCUCAUCGAGUUUUCAAAGAAUUCCACAUGUCAAAGUCGAAGCAUUUGGUUAUGCUACAGUUGCCUUUAAUAGCCAAACUACUGACUGUCGAACAGUAUUCAGUGAUGGUAGUUCAAUUGACGUAUUCUCCAAUGGCACAUACUCGAUCUAUGAAAGCGACGGAGAGAAAUUUGAUAUCAACGACAAUGGUGAUAUACUCUUUGAUUUUCAACAAUCAAUUUAUGGCAAACGUGUCCAAGAACUUUUACCUAAUAUUGAACCGAGUAAAUGUAUUAUGUCACAGAAUGGUGAUAUCAUUUUUGAUGCAGUGGAUUACGAGCAAACCCUAUACUGCGUGGAAUCAUCCGGAGAAACUUAUUCGAAAGAGAAUGAUGAACAACAACAACAAAAACCGAAAAGGAGCUUACCUUUGGAACUACAUGUACCAAGAUUCUUCAUUGCUCACGAAGAUGGAAGUGGAACUGAAUUACUUCGCUUUAAAGAUCUUUAUUCAUAUUUACGAACAAUGGAUCUCGAUCCAAGUACUGCCGUUGUUCGUGAACCAUUGUCAAGUAAUCCAAAGGUGACUGGUGCUACAGUCAUGCGACCGUUUCAAGAUGAGGUUCAUCGUCGAUGGUCAACAGUAUUCGAGGAUGAUUCGAUUGUUCCUGCCAGUCUUCGUUCUCAUACAGCAAAUACAGCGACAACGGAUUCACAAGACAAUGGUUCCUUUCGACAAACAGAUAAAUGCAAUCAGUCGGGAACAUUUUCUACUGGUUUCAUUACUCAACAGCCUAUACUUGAAAUGCCCAAAGCACUCGAUUACCGUAACUUUAUGGAAUUUCCACGACUUCACGAUGAUAUUCGUUUCAAGUUAUUUAAUUCAUUGAAAGCCUACAUUGAAUAUGUAACGAAUCGAGCUGAUUAUCAUACAAAACUACUUCCAAAAGAUCAUCGUAAUCGAUUUGAAAGAGAACAAGCAAAUAAAAUAUGGAAAAAUGCUCGACCACAUGGCACAACAAAAGAUGAUUUAGCCUUAUUGUACCUCAAAACUCUUCAUCCUGAUAAACAAAACCCAGCAACUCAUCAAUCAGUCAUUCCAUUGGCGAAGAAAUUCAAUCUUAGCCAUAUAAACGAUGAACUUCGACAAGAAAAAAUGAAUAAAAAGUUAAAAUAUGAUAUUAGCCGGGGCAUCGCCAUGCCCUACUUUCAAACUGAAUGGGGUAUUGCAUAUACACAACAACGACAACAACAACAAGAAGAACAAUAUACAGAAACUGUCACACGACGAGAAUCAAGGAGUGCGGAACCUACAAAAACGUUCAAUGCACAGGAGAGAAUCAUCAGAUCUCCUCCAACUUCGCCAACUGAUCAACACAAUCGACUGUCAGAAAUUCGAAAACCUCUAUUAACCCGCAGUAUUAGUACAGAAGUCGCAGGAAGCAAAACAAUGAACGGCUCAGACGAACACAAUCAAGAUAGCACAUAUCGUCCGGUGAAACCGUUUCAAUCACCGCGAAACACAGUUCAAUAUGAUGCACUUGGCAAUAAACGAGCAAAUCCAAUUCGUUUACCUAAUUCAUUGAAAGGUUCACGACCAAAUGCCCAACCGCACUCACGUUUUCUCGACAUGGAAGAGCCGGUCAUGGUUCGACCAAAUAAUGCAUCGAUUGGCGCUGCCACGCUUAAUAAUCGACCAUUGAGAGCCAGACGUGGUUGCGAACUACUUCCCGAUAAAGUUGAUUUCGGUAUUUUGAAAGAAGGUGUCACUUAUGGAGCAGAAGUCGAUAUUAAGAAUGUUGGUAUCGAUUCAUGUCGUUUUCGUGUUCGCCAGCCACCGUUGGGCACUGGAUUGCGUGUUGUUUUUCAACCGGGUGUACUUGCUGCUGGUAUGAAUCGAUCUUUAACGAUUGAACUGUAUGCGAUUAUUAAACAAAAUCAUCAUCACCCUCAACAGCAAGAACAGCAAUCGCAAGGUCUCUAUCAACUCGAUCAGUCGAUUGAAAUUAUAACCGAAACUGAUAUCAUGCAUUUUCCCAUUCGCGCUAAGAUUGCUACAGAAGAACAAUAUGAUGUUAUGUAUGUUAACAAUGAUGGUACUGCUGGAAUGAGUAAAUCAGUUCGUCUUCUUGCACGUAAAAGCUCAAAUGUGAAUGACUGGUAUCCUACUGCGAGUAAAGAUCCCACGAAUGAGACAAAGAAUGAGUGA